CGUAAAUGUAACCGGUUUAAAUUAACGUCACUGGGUUUAUGCGAUGGGGCGCCGGGACCCUAGAGGGAGUUGCUCAGAAAUUAGAGCAAAGUGCAAACUGUCACUCCUGGGUUGUUUCUCUUGCCGUGGCUGUGUUUUUAAUUUAAAUUUCUAAUUUUUUAAAUGUAAUUUAUCGUUUUCGUCGAGGCGGAAGAUCCGAGGAAAUGUGUAAAUAGUGGUUUUAUUAUUUUUCGGCAUUUCCUCCUUUAUUUUAUCUCUUAUACUGUGAUAACUCGAAUGUUAUCUUGUGUUGAUGUUCGUUGAAGAUGCGACGUACGUUCGAGUUCUUCGUCAAUAAUGAAUCGUAGUACUGGAGGAGGAUUGAGUACAUGAUGGAAUCGCCCCCUUCCUGUUCUGGAUGGAAUGGCAUGACACAAGUACACAAAGCUGGGGUAGUUCGGACCAAUUCGCUUUCAAGUGGAAUCGAGUAUGUUGAAAGUGAAGAUGAACAAUCUUAUUGUGAAGGGGUAGACGGGACAGUCUGUGACGAACAGAACUUCCUAACCACUAUUAAAGACACCUGGUUGGAGCCUCCUCUUGAGUUUCAAGACUCUAUAUCUUCUCCACUUCCGCGACCUUGGGCUCGGAGAGCUUUGACGCCCCCUGCUGCACGCUCGACCGGAGUUUCUCUUUCAUCCCUGUUGAGAACGUCGUCCAGUCACAACUCUCUGUCCGUACCUGCUCCAAACCGUGCAGACGAUUCAAGCUUCAUCACAUCAGCCAUGUCCCAUGAUGUUUUAACGGAUAUCUACAAUGUACCAUUGGACAGCGAUAUCUACACACUUCCAAUUGAUACCAUAAGACCGUCAAAUCACAGAAAACGUCACAGGUACAACCAUAAGAAAAGGCGUCGUCAUAUCACUUCUGAGGUUGUUGUUGAACGAGAAAGCGAUAAGCGAGGUAAACGACUUAGCACUCCUGAAAACGCUGAACCCGUCCACAUGACCUUGCAAGAAGUUCGACAGUUCCUCCAAACCCUGUACAACGGAACCCAAGGGGGGGAAGGUAGACAGGCACAACCCAAACGAAAGCACAAGAAAAAAGUGAAAACAGAAGAAAAAGGAAAACAGGCUUCAAACAGUGGAAAAAAUAGUUUGUCCCAUUUGUUGAAACAGACGAUUUGCAAUAUGUUUCGUGUCAGAAAGCAGAGCGCUAAUAAAGACAAUGAGCGUGUCAUUGUUCUCGGGGUGCCUAUGGUGCCUCCGUUUUCAGAACGCGCCUUACCCCCGCUUCCUGACAAAUCUCCUAUACCAACACUAAUAACUAGAGAGGAAGAAAGUGUAAUGGAUUUUGCUUCUAGCAUAGAAAAAGUAAAAGACUAUGGCUGGUAUUGGGGCCCUAUAAGUGGUGAGGCCGCUGAGAAAAUAUUAAGCAAUGAACCAGACGGAUCCUUUAUUGUAAGAGACUCCAGUGAUCAUCAUUAUAUAUUUUCAUUGACGUUCAGAUUAAAUGGCUGUGUUCGGCAUGUUCGAAUCGAACAUGAUCAGGGUAACUUCAGUUUUGGUUCGUGUACAAAAUUCAAAAGCCAGACUAUUGUCGAGUUCAUUGAAACGGCUGUAGAACAUUCAAGAAGUGGGAGGUAUCUGUUUUUCCUUCACCGCAGGCCUGUACUAGGACCGAUGAGGGUUCAGUUGCUUCAUCCAGUGUCUAGGUUUAAGCAUAUACAAAGUCUGCAACAUCUUUGCAGAUUUGCAAUUGUAAAAGUGGUUCGGAGGGAUUUGAUAUCAUCUCUUCCACUACCUCGCAGACUUAUAGACUAUCUUAGUGCUCCGCAAUACUAUUUUGAGCAGUUCUCUGAUCAGGAGCAGCCUUCAUCACCUCCGUCUCUUCGUUUGUUUUCAUUUGUGCCACCGAAUUGAGAGGCAUACGACCCUUUUUGAUAGAAAUGAAAUGUGAAAAAGAAGAGAUAAUACUAGUUUUAAAUAAAAUGAUAUUUUUAAGGUUAAUCUCUUCCAGAUGCAACUUUUGUGAUGUUACUAAGGUUGCCAACAAUAAUUUAUUAUUUCUUAUUGCAAACGUUUAAGAUAUAGCGGUUUUUUAAAAUAGUUUUUAAGUCUUGUGAUUUCUAAAAACUAGUCCUUUUAUCAAGCCUAGCGACCUUCGUUUUAAUCGGUUGAUUUUGGCAAAUUAAUACAGCACUAGAAUAAGCUUCAUUACGAAGUGUACCAAAGUAAACUUAUAAUUUAAAGAUGUAAAUAAUUUUUUUUUCUUCAACUAAAUCCAACUAUAUGAUACUUACAAUCAUAUUUUGUUGUCAAAUUUUUAAUUUGAGAUUUUAAUUGUGUAUGCAAAUGUAUGCUUAUGAACACAAUUAUAAUUCAAAUGAAUUUAUAGCAAAUGAUCUCAGUUCACAAUUCUACUUAGUUAUGCAAUGGUAGUAAAGUGUUUUAACAUAAAAAAUAUAUUUGAAUGUGUGUAUGUGCUUUAGUUCCAGGAAAAAAAUCAUUAUUUAAUUAGCAACUUUUACAAAUCUCCACCUAGGCCUUUAAAAUAUUUUUUGAUUUGUAAUUGAGAAUUAUCAGAUUUCUUUUAAUUUAUCGUAUAAUAAUGAAAUUUUUUUUGUAACAUGCAAGUGUUGUUCCAUUUACACCAGAAUCAUUGAGUCUGUUUUUUGUUAUAUUUAAAUUUAACAGGUUUAACAAACAAUUAACUCUAGUGUAAUAUUGUACAAUAUUUUUUUGAAUAUAAUUAGUUAAGGUGUGUAGGUAAGGUAUGAACUUUACUUAGGUUUUGUGGAGACUUCUAAGUCUGAUUGUUAUUUGUAAUAUCCUUUGCAUUAGCGCGUUGAAAUUGAUUUAAUUAAAAGAUUGAAUACAAUCUAAUCUUUCCAAUGUAGACAAUCAAUAUUUUAAUUGUCAAUCAGUAUUAUUCAUUUCACCUUUUAACCAGUUUUUUAUCAAUAUUUUAAUGAAAAAAAUGAAUGUAUCAAUCAAAUGUUGGGUAUGUGAUUUGACAUAUCUUGAAAAAAAAAUGUUUACCAGUUUUAUAAUGUAUAUACAAUUGUGUAUGAUGUGUUUUGAAUAGAUUUUUCUUAAUUGUUAAUACAACUAGGAAGUUGUGCAAUACAAUUCAAGAAAUCCACAUUGCUCGUUAGUGAUCACGCAUGUAUAAAAUCGUUUUUAUAUUGUAUUAAAUGUUUUGUUGUAAAUUUAGCUGCUAUUAAUCGGGAUUCAUACUUUUUCAUUGAGAAAAAAUAGUGAGUGGUUUGUUUUAGUAACUCACAAGCAAUUAAAAAAUAAACAAAAUAAAAUAAAUUUCAUUUAAUAUGCAUCAGAUUAAUGAUUUAUUAAUGAAACUAUUAUGUUAAAUGUAUAUGAAAGGUGUGUUUUUAAGCUUUGACUGCCCAGUCCUAUUGUGUGUAAUUGAAGGCCUAUUUUCAAUCUUUCACAUAACGUUGCAUUCAUUUUAACACUGUUUGUAGGUAAAGAUUUGAAAAUUUCACCUUGUGAACAAUGCUUUCUCAAAGCAGCCGAUUAAUUUUAUGCUUAACCCAUGAUACACUUGUUAAUGUUUAACAGAAUUCACUGCUGAAUUUUACAUUGUACACUUGCAGUUGUGUUUGUUCUAUUAAAAAAUUCUAGAUAGCCAAAUGUUUGUGUCAAAGACAAUUGUGUCUAAAAAAACUUUUUUCAUGCGAAUGUAUUACAAAAACAAAAUGUGAAAGACUGAAGUUAUACAAUCUCUGAAUUGAAUUGUGUUCGUUUCUGGAAAAGAUAUUUCUAAUAUAUAACUUCACAUUGCACAUAAUCAGAUAUUUUGUUGAGCAUUAGCCAAUUUUUUGUUGUUUAAUGUAAACUUCACCAAAAAAAAAGCUCACUGAUUAGUGUUUUAUUUGUUCUCAUCAACAUAUUGUUGAAGCCAUAGCAUUUCAAAAAUUAAGAAUUUAGGGUUUUGCAGUGAAAAUGUUUUUAGAAAGCUCUGUUUAAGGGAAAAAAUGAGCUUAUAAUAAAAUUUUCAAAUUUAAACUAAAAAUUAAAAAAAAAGCCUGGAAUAUUAAAUAUAUUUUUAAUAGAAAUGCCAACGUAAAAAAUUACUACUUAGGCAUUUAUUUAGUCUUGUGAUAUUUAAAAUCAGGGAUUUUGGAAUUCAGCUGUUUUUAAUAAUUUUUUUCUCAAGACAAAUAUAAACAAUUGUCAUAAACAACUAUUAUUUCUUGUUAUGGUGAUAGUCCAUCAGAUCCAAAACAUGUCAAGUUAAUAAUAAAACAAAUGUUAUGAUGAGAA